AUGGACUGCGGGAGCACUGGUACGGCUGCGGGCAUCGACCCCAAAAUUCUCGAUAACUGGCAAACGGACGCGGCUUUUUCCAUCCCGUCUUGGGAACACUCGACUUACGAGCAUCCGCUUGAUUGGGAUACGAGCCAGGAUUCGAGCCAGGCCGAUGGAGAAAUUGUCGAUGUAACCGCCCAGUAUGGGCCUCUGGCGAAAGACCAGCCGGAUGCCUCGUACGCGGCACAAGCAAACGGUUAUCGAAGAGGCGACAACAGCAGCAAACAAUCUACCACCUCGCCCGAUAAGUUCAGCAUCGCCGAUGCUACCAUCGAAGGAACCAUCAGUGGCACCGUCAGCCCGAGAACGCUGCCUUCGGCCGAUGACAACUUUCACCUGGAUGAUUCAUGGCCUCAAUACCAAAUGUUCAACACCUUGACGGCCGGGGUCCCCAUGGAGAAUCCCCUCCUUUACCAAUACGCAAAGGAUCCCACCGCUUCUGGAAAUACCGUCAUCGUCGAGGAUGUCGGAGAGCUUUCCCAGGAUCACGGGUUCCCAGACAUCUCGCCCGACCAGUUCCUUUCGUUCCAGAACAUGCCGCAAGCGUUCCCAUUUCCGCCGACCGACACCUGGCCCGAGCCGUCGACAAGCCCUUCUACUACCGACCACAUGGGUAACUCAAUGCAAGUACCGAUUCCGAUGGGCUCUCAGCUGCCAAACAAAAAUGUCAAUGCCAUGCGCGCCUUCCACGGCUCGAUGCGCUCGCUUGAAUCUCGCUGGCUCGAGAGCCUCGAGUCCCAACUGCCUACAAACAUGACUCCUGCGUCGAUGCCGACUGUUCCGCAGGAUCCCGGUCUGUUUAGAGACAACAAAGAACAGGACGGGUUCCAGUAUAAAUCGGAAAGCUCGUCCGUGUCGGGCGAUUUCUCCGGAGUUUACGAAUGCUCCUACUCCGCUACUAGCGACGAGCCUUCGGCGUUCCCCGAACGGAAGUUGAACGAAGACGCCUCGUGGAACGCACAGAAGGACGAGGCGUCGGAAGUGUCUCAACCUCUCCAGAGUGCUACUGCCUAUAUGGUCAGCGAGACCCCAUCCGAGCCGGUCCUUGGCUCUGCUCCCUCGAGAUCUAGGGCGUCGUCCAAUGCUGCGCAGCGGGCGAAUGCUCGACCGCAAGCCCUCGGGCUUCAGUCCGUGGCGACCGUUAGAAAACGCAAGCAGCGUUCCUCCAACGGUUCGAUAGAUGGCCUGCCAAAACCGCUUCAGAUCGUGCAGGAAGAUGGACAGGGCGGCUCGAUUGCCUCGGCCGAUUUUGUCUCUCCGCCACGUGGUGCGCGCCGCAAGGGACCUCUGUCCAUGGUAGGCCGGGCCAAUGCCGGUUUGCGGAGGAAGAACAAGGAUACCUGCGUCCAAUGCCGCUUGAAUAAGCGCAAGUGUGAUGGCAAUGCUCCGUGUGAUGCAUGUCGCCCUACUCUUCACGAACAGCCAUGUGCGCGGGCUUGUUUCGCCAACAUUGUCGAGUACGGAACGUGCAACUACAUCUCCCAACGAGCGGUCAAUCAUCCUACUUUAGAUAGAACUGGCCGAGUCCGAAUGGAGAUUCCUGUCGAAUUCGACCUAAGCGAUCUUCUCACAUUCCUUGGCGAACGGCAAGGUCGCUUCAACAUUCGUGCCAGCCAAUCUUGGGGAUCGCUCUACGUCCUCGACCUGGGCGAGACUUACAAAUUUCUCCGAAGCCUGAGUGACUACAACGGCAACUCUCGGUCCAACUUUUUGGAAUUCAUUGAUCGACGGAUCGUGGAGUCGAAGGAUAAAUCGAAGAACUGGCUCACUUGUGUCAAAGACUGUGAUCCAAUGAACAAUAUCUACUCUCUUCUCUCACAAUGGAACAACAUGCCCAGCCGUGCGAGCUACAGUUUUGUUCCAAUCCAAUCAGGAGGCCAGGAACGGCCAAUGGACAUCCACAACCCGGAUGACCAGCGUGAGAUCCUUCUAGCGGCCCAGCUAUCUCGAAUUGUCUGCCGCAUGCUGGAAGUGGAGGGUUUCCGCAAGCUGGAGCGAGACUUUUACAACAUCAAAUGGAAGCAGAUCUCUCAGGAAACGCACCUGCGCUUCCUGGGCGAGCUGGGCCAUAUUCUUCUCACUCUGCGCUGGCGAGUUUCUUGGUGGAAACGCCUCGGCGACGGCGGCCGCAACCCGGACCCGACAAAGCAACACUAUGUCGAGCGAGUCGAUCUGCUGUGCAGGAUUCUUUACGUUUACUACACUUGCGUGCUGGCCAAGCUUCCUUCGUGGUCUGUUUCUGAAGUCCCUAAGGGAAUCUGGUCUACCUAUCCAGACUCUGAAACUGCCAUCUGGGACGACUUCCCAGUGGAUCCCAGUGACGACGGUUUCCAGAGCUGGAUGGACCGGGGCCAAGAGCUUAUCGAUGAAGCUGGUGUUCAGAAGCGUUCUCCCAAAGCCUAG